AUGGAGGAGGGGACCCUGAAUAAGGGACUCUCCUUCAUUCCCACACCUCAUAUAGAGUGGCACCAAUAUGACGUCAGUUUGUAUAAAUUUUUUCGCCAACUUAAAUUACGUGCAUUUUUUUCAACAGAUCAGCACAAUUCUUGCACAGCAGCAGAAUCUACUGACAACACUGCACAGAUUACACAGGGAGAUCUAUAUGAGGAAGGAAAUAUGGAGACUGUGGGACACUACAUUUCCGAGUCUGGUCCACGCACUGUCCUUUCCCUUGAUACAGGUUUGAAACCUAAAAGCACUUUCACACCACAUAAUAUUAAUACAUCCAUUGAUAUAUUCACCAAUCUUGUGAAAAAAGAUAUAUAUAAACUCAGGAGAAAACAUCAAUAUACACAUGGUUAUCAGAGGAAAAGUAUUAAUUUUACUAAACAAGAUUGGUUGAAUAUCAAUAAUCUGAAGAAAGAUGCAUCCAUUAUUAUCAAACCGGCAGACAAGGGGGGAGCAUUGGUGAUCAUGGAUCAUACAUAUUAUACAAAAGAAAUUGAGACCCAGCUAAUGGAUAAUACUAAUUACCUACUCAUUAGUCAAGACCCUACACACAAUCUGAAACGUACACUAGACAAGCUUAACCAAUGGGCCCUCUCUAAAAAUAUUAUCUCUGAUGGAGAAUAUAAAUAUAUGAACCUUAAAUACCCAAGAAUUCCGGUGUUCUACACCCUCCCAAAAAUACAUAAGAACCCCCUCUUUCCACCAGGUAGACCGAUAGUCAGUGGGACUGGGUCGAUAUUCCAACACCCAACAGAGAUACUGGACAAAUUUUUGAUUAAAUAUGUCCCAUUACAGAGAUCAUAUCUUAAAGAUACGACUACAUUUCUUACACUAUUAGCAGACAUACAGAUUCCACCAG